GUGGUGGCAGUAACUAGCAGAGGGUUGAGCGAGAAAGCAAAAAGCCUGUUUGGUCUACAUGCACGAGAGGGGAGGCGGUGUCCUCCAGCUGUUGCGCAGGCGUCCUUACUAUACACUUUACCCACUGUAAUUCCAUGGCGUUUCCUGUCAACAGCUACAACCGAGUCUGGAUAACAACUGAAAGUCUUGGAAACAGAGACGCUUUGCAGGGUCCAUGUCUUUCUCCAAAUGAAUGUUAAAUAGUACUGGGUUAAUGUCAGCAGCGAGCAACCAUGGACGCGGGAUUAAUGCUCUAUAACAAUCUCAAAGAUAUGAAAUGGAGCACGACCUCUCUGCCACUGGACCGACUGGUCAGCUCGUACCGAUUGCCGCAGAUCGUCAAACUGGACACCGGAGAGUCAGUAGAAGGGCUGCGAGACAAUGACUACAUUCUGCUUCAUUCGUGUCGGCAAUGGACUACCAUCACUGCCCACAGCCUGGAGGAGGGCCACUACGUCAUAGGGCCGAAAAUAGAAAUCCCAGUCCAUUAUGGGGGUCAGUUUAAACUGCUGGAACAAGACCGAGAUAUAAAGGAACCUGUGCAAUACUUCAACAGUGUGGAGGAGGUGGCAAAGGCAUUUCCUGAGCGGGUUUACGUCAUGGAGGAAAUAACAUUCAACGUUAAGGUUGCUUCAGGAGAAUGUAAUGAGGACACAGAAGUCUACAACAUCACUCUGAGCACGGGGGACGAAUUGACUCUAAUGGGACAGGCAGAGAUCCUGUAUGCAAAAACAUCAAGGGAGAAGUCCAGACUUAACACCAUCUUUAAAAAGAUUGGGAAACUAAACUCCAUCAGCAAGCUGGGCCGUGGCAAGAUGCCGUGCCUCAUCUGUAUGAACCACAGGACCAACGAGAGCAUCAGCCUCCCAUUCCAAUGUAAAGGCCGCUUCAGCACACGCAGCCCGCUGGAGAUCCAGAUGCAAGAAGGGGAGCACACCAUCCGUAACAUUGUUGAAAAGACCAGGCUGCCUGUUAAUGUCAUUGUGCCCAGCACCCCUCCCAGGAACCAGUAUGACCUGCAUCUCAUCCGGGAGGGUCACCGGUAUAAGUUUGUCAACAUCCAGACGAAGACGGUGGUGGUCUGCAUCGUGCUGCGCAGCAACAAACUCAUCCCUACCCACUUUCCCCUGCACUUGGCCGUGCCAAAGUUCACCAUUCCAGAGGGCUUUCUGAAAAAUGAGUCCUGGCUGGAGACCAUGGUCCACCGGUGGUUAAGCUUUUGCCAGGAGCAGUUUGACAUUGACGAGUACUCGAGGGCGGUACGGGACGUCCGGGUGGACUGGAACGAAGACUGCAAGAGCCCCAAGAAGAACAGCAGCUGCCCCGGUCACAGCCACAUGCCGAGCUCUCUGAGCUCCGCCCGUGAUGAACUGACUCAGUCCUUCCACAGACUCUCUGUUUGCGUGUACGGAAACAACCUGCACGGCAACAGUGAGGUCUACCUUCAGGGGUGCAAGAACCUCUGUGGGGAUUGGGCUUUGCUUUCUCACGAUUCCAUGCAUUGCACUGACUCAGGUGACAGCGGGAGCGACUACCUUUUCCCUGAGGUGACCGAAGAACCCGGACAGUUAUUCCCCACAAAGUCUGAGAUUCCUUAUGAGGAGCUGUGGUUGGAUCAGGUAGUGGGGAGACACGCUGGACAGACUGUGUCUUGCUCUGCUGUUGAAAUAAACAAAUGUAAUGGCAACAGAAGCUCCAUUCAGUUAAAAGGUACCUCAACAUCUUCUUUGCCUGCCCCAGGGCCAGCCAGCUCAGCUAAGGUUUCUGAAAUAUCUCUACCUCCACCUCCAGUGCCUCCAAAGUCUGAAGCUGUAAAAGAAGAAUGCAGACUUCUGAAUGUCCCACCUGUCCCCCCACGGAGCUCAAAGCCAGCUUCAAUGAGCCCUUCCCUCCCUUCACGCACAGCCCAGCUCCAGCAGCAGCAAGCACGCUCCCCCAGCCCAACGCUGUCGUACUACUCAUCAGGACUUCACAACAUUGUCGUCACUGAAAACGAUGUCCCCCAGCCAGCUGAGCAAAAUCCAGUUUGCUACCCGUGUAACUGGAUGAAGCCAGAUUCAACAGACAAUGACAACAAGUCAACCUUCUGGAGACCAACUUCCGAAGGUGUCCAUUCCAGAUCGUCUUGGCCGAAUAACUUUUAUGGAACAACGGAUUCCCAUAGUAUUAACGAUUUCUUGCCUGAUCAGUGUCACAGUUAUUACAGCUACCCACGGCAGAAGACACUGGGUACCUCAAAGGGAAACAUUCCAGCAUCCUUUGAUGCCAGUGGGACCGAGUUCUCUGAAGGAUGUGCUUCACCACCUAAAACAGACGAGGCACCCAUCAUCGUUCCAGGCUGCCCCAAAUCUGCAAGUUACUCCCUGGAAUCAUACACAGACAAGACCUUAGCAGAAUGUAGCACAGCUCAAAGUCAGUCAUGCCCUAUCUUGCCUCCAAGAGCACCCAAAUUGAAUGAAGAAAAACAGAGUACUGAAGUGUCAUCUUUACCAUCAACCAUUGAUGGUGCAGAGAAAGAACCUCAGACUUGUUCAAUAGACCCAGCGGGGGAUAACUUACUUGGCAACAAGGGCACACUGGAUAUCUUCUCUGUUUCAUACCCGUUUUCAUCUCCACUGCAUCUUCAGUUGGCACUGAGGUCAUGUGGAGAUGGGUCAGCAUGGCAACCACCCUCUGACCUCUCUGAACUGUCAGUUGAAGAAGUGUCAAAAUCCCUCCGGUUUAUAGGCCUGUCUGAAGAUGUGGUAUCCUUAUUUGUCACAGAAAAGAUUGAUGGAAAUUUAUUUGUACAGCUUACAGAGGAGAUUCUAUCAGAGGACUUUAAGCUGAGCAAACUGCAAGUAAAGAAACUCAUACAAUUCAUUAGUGGUUGGCGACCUAAGAUGUAGCGUGAGGGGGAGGGAUGGGGGAGACCAGUCUUUAGAAAAGAAUAUGCUGCAAAUGCUGAUUCUACUUCAGCAGACUGUGUUGCACUACACAACUUUGUGUUAAUAUUGGUUCAGAGGUUAAAUACUAUGCAAAUUCAGGUACCAAUCUUUGGAAGCUGUUUUGUAUGACAGUAGUAUUGAAAUAGAUUAACAUGAUGCUGUAUAAGUGUGCCUUGUGCAUUACUGCAUAUGUCAUAACACAUCAUUUUAGAAUUGAGAACAUCAUUGUUUUUAGUCCCAGAUUAAAACUAAAGUGUUAUGUUUGUCCUGAACCACGAACCAAAGCUUUAUACUGUACAAAUACAAAUGUAUUUCUGCAGGAGAAAAGAUUCUCUGGUUGAAGAUGAAUAAAUAUUAAGAAAAUAACCAAUACAUCUGUUAUUAGUUUGUUUUUUUGAUACUAUUUGUUUAUUUCGUGUUAUUUCAAGAAUCUGAUUUUUUUUUAUAGAAACACUAUUUAAAGUUAAAUCUCCUUUUGUCCAUAUAUUUCCACUUCCUGAGCUUACACCAGUAGGAGUAUGCAUAGUAGCUUCAAAUGUGUUUUUGUUUUUUUCAUUUAAAAGCCUUCAGUGUUUGUGCUCACUUAAGUGUGUUUUCUCAAGCUGAAUUACCAUUAACUUGGAACACUUAAGUGGGCACUAAGACUCAAGAGCAGUUUCUGAAUAUGGAUAUUAGUCAAAUAAAUGUUUGACUUAUGCCUUCAUCAGUGUGCUCAUAUAUAAGGACAGAUGGCCAGACUUGACUAAGGUUUCAUCACAACUGGAUAAGCAAUUCUCUAUGAUGGUGUAAAACUAUGGAUAGCGUAUUCAGGAAUAUUAAAACAAUCCCCAGUGAAAAUAACUGAAACUGUUCAACUGGAAAUGCAACCAAGCACUGUGGUGAGAGAUAUAUAACUUACAGAAGAGUACUCUGUAGUGAACAAUAUGUGAGAAAAGUUCACAAAUAUAGGCAGGCACAAUGCAUGAACCAUCAUUAUGAUGCCCAUUUUUGAUCCCCGCCCCCACUAGGUGAUCAUCUUGUGGUGAAAGAUUCAAAUCAGAUAGGAAAUGGAUAGUUGCUUUUUACAUCUUGGGUUUGACCAAAGUGAAAUUCUGCACUAUUGUAAGGAGGGGGCUCCCCCUAGUGGACAAUACUUGAAUAACAUCCAUCACCAACACAGAUACACAGUGCCAGACCUAUUAACAGGAAAUGUAAUUUUAUGAAAACAUAAAUAUUUUCUUGUUAUAAAAUAAACAACGCAUACAAAGUAUGCCUUUCUCCUUAAGUAACAAAUGAGUGCUAUAAAACUUUAUGUAACCCCUACAAAAAAUGUAAUAAAAUAAACAUAAAAGCACAAUUAUUUUCAAACAGAUUUACUGACUGUGACUAACUAUGGUGAUCAUCAGUAUAGAGUUUCUGAGUAAAGUAUCAAUUGAUUUAGUGAUCUUAUUGUAUUUGUUUUUAUUUAUUUGUUAUUUAUUUUUUACCCCUAAGUGUACUCCACAUGAAAUUACCAUUCUUGGUUUAAUGCUUUAAAAAUUAAUAAAGUUCACAGCCCACCAAAAGAGGGAACAUCAGCUUCAGGUCGAAUCGGGCACUUAACAACAACCAAUAACUUUUUUGAAAAACCUUAAAUCACUGAAACCUGUCUUGCUUUAAAAAAAUUGUAAAAACUUCUCAAUGUAGCAAAACAAUAAAAGAAAUACAAAAUACAAUUCCUCCAGAGAACUUCUGCAUCUGAACCAAUGCACUGUGAUGAAGUUUAAAGCCCUAGCUUUACAGAAACUGCUUCGUACACAACUGGAUCUAUUUGGACAUGAUGUUGUGUCACUUGUUUAGGAGGAGAAAUCAAAGUGACAAGAUUUUCUAAAGUAUACAAAAUGUUAUCUUCAGGCUAAAAGAGCUCAUUAUAAGCACCAUCAACUGGACGUAGUGGAGUGUUUUGGUUUGGACCUUUCUUUUUUUCCGUAUGUUAUUUGAUAGCGGGGUAUCAUUCAGUUCUUUUGUUGUUACUUUGGAAAUGGAGCAUUUUGCAGCUGCACUUUUAAUCUCUGCAAUUGUUUUGUACCUGUCUGACUAAUUUUUAUUAAUCUCAAUUACUUCUUUCAACUUUUUGGUAGUUUGGUAUGCCUUUGCUCUAUCCUUUUUCACAUACUUUCUGCUCCUUUUCCUCUGAAUUGAAGACUCGGCUGCACUACUGUUACUAUCACUUGGUGUGGCUGGGGGUGUGGAUGGAUGAACAAAACUUUUCAAUUGCUUCCUUCUUUCUGACUGUCCUUCUGUGUUGGCUUAGCUGUGACCUGCUUGAAAUUUCAUGUAUACUUGUCAGCUUGCCCUGCUCUUUUCUUGUAUAUCUUAGCUGUUCCUGUUAGAGGUAUUCCUGAUAUUUUCCUGGAUCUUCUCUAAGUUGUUCUCUGUAACAUCUAAUGCACUACUAUGAGGCAUUUAGUCUCUUUUCUUAAUUUCUCUCUCUGUGUUAAUCUAAAAACAAAAAACAAAAAAAAAACUGUAAACACAGUAAAGCAUUAAAAUAAGCAAUGCCUGGCAUUUCUAUCCUAUGGGGUCAGGUGUGGUGGAGGCCUUUAUUGGUCAUAUUACCUUACAUAACCCCUUUACUGUCUAAAUAUCUUAGCAUCUGUAAAUAUAUUAUUAUAUUAAUUAUUAUUCAUAAGCAAACAUUUCAAACACAGGGUGUACGUACCCAAAAAUAUCGUACAUGUUCUAGGAAUGCAGAUGAAUUAGUGGACAUAAAUGGCAUUAAAUGCCCCAACCCUACUCAUUCUGCAUUCCAAGAAAAUGCUUUGGUAAAAUACUGACUAAUUAAUUUAUAUUAAACAAUACGUUGGUAUAAAGCAUUUCUAAAAAGUGUAAUUACUGUCACAGUUAUGUCAUUGUAAUAGCAUUAUAAACCUAAUCAAUGAUUUUCAGACACUUGAAGUGAUUAUUUUUUUGUUAAUACAUUUUUUUAAAUUGAUCUAAUCACCAAAUUAUCAAAUUAUGCAAUCUCCUUUCAUGAUCAGCAGCAGUGUGGAGUAGUGGUUAGGGCUCUGGACUCUUGACCGGAGGGUUGUGGGUUCAAUCCCCAGUGGGGGACACUGCUGUUGUACCCUUGAGCAAGGUACUUUACCUAGAUUGCUCCAGUAAUAACCCAACUGUAUAAAUGGGUAAUUGUAUGUAAAAAUAAUGUGAUAUCUGUAAAAAUGUGAAAUAAUGUAUAAUGUGAUAUGUUGUAACAAUUGUAAGCCGCCCUGGAUAAGGGCGUCUGC